AUACAACUCGGCUUUACAAGUAAUAAGACCUCACAAAGACCAGAGUUCUCAAAACGCGGAAAACAUAGAGGGAAGGAAACACAAUACCUCAAAAGCGGAAAACACAAACCAAGAAGAGUACAUUUUUAGUUUUCUCCUACAAAUUAAACACAGUAUGGUGUCUCAGAAGCUUGAGUUUUGCAUCGAAUUAGUGAAGAUGGCUGUCGUUUUUGUCGCCACCGUGGCUGAAUCAGUAGAAGAAGCUUUCCGUAAGCCUCUGCCGGCGCUUCCAGUAGUUCAUAACGGUCGCCGGAACAGUUACGCCAACGUUCCCAUUCCUCUCGUUGGAUUCAUGUGAUGAGUUUUUUUUGGCUUUGGCCUCGUUAAAGUUAGUAGCUCUCGUGCCAUGUGGCGUUUUGGAAGUUGUUGAUUUGUGUAUAAGUUUAACCGGAAGAAGCAUGAAGAGUUACAGAUAAAUAAA